AUGAUUUCAAGGCAGCAAGGCGCAAUUACUCUACAAAACAAUCUACCCGUGGCGUCUACUGGUGUUCACAGUGAUUUGAUUAGGAUUUUGCAUCGUCGUCUAUUUAAUGACUCUCUGGAUGAUGAUCUUGAGGAUGACAUGGAUGAUCAAACGGAGAAUGAGGAGGAUGACAUGGAUAAUCAAGCGGAGAAUGAGGCGGAUGAUCAAAAGGAGAAUGAGGAGGAAGUUAUAUUGGAGUAUUUUAAAACAAGAAUUCAUCGUGUUGCUGCGUCUAAAGAAGGAGUAAAUAAUCCCGCAGAAACUGUAGAAGUUGUUGAUAGAGGACCUGCAGAUAUUAGUGCAAUAUGUCAAGCGGAAUUUGAACACGAAGAGAUCAUUGGGACACUUCGAUGCGGACACGAAUAUCAUACGGACUGCAUCAAACAGUGGUUGUUGAGGAAGAAAGAUUGUCCCAUGUGUAGAGCUUCAGUUUUUCCCUUCACAAAAACUUGA